CAUUUAUUCUCAACAAGCCUGAACUGUACAGUUACACAGACGACCAUGGCUGCUUAUGCAGCUCUGACUUCGCUCAUGCAUAUCUUAGAUGAUCUCAAUCAUCAUCCUUCCCCUCCCAUUUCUAUCCACCAACAACAAUUUGAAUCCCUCACUCAAACUGCUACCUCCUUGCAACAAUUUCUUGAAACCUAUAAUUCCCCUGUUGCCCACACAAACGAAGCUGAUCCGUUGGAGAUUCGUAUUGCAGAAGCAGCUUAUGCAGCCCAAGAUGUGAUCGAGUCCCAUAUUGUGGACAUGAUCAAGCUGCGCAAAUCCAGUGGAGCUUAUCAUGGAAGAAUACACUCGAGAGGAGAAACCAGUACUUCUGCUGGCUCCAGCACUCAAAGUAAUCAUGACAGGAAAAUCAGUUACGUUGAUAAUCUUUAUCGAGGUUUGAAGAAAGUUAUAGAAGACAUGGAUUUGGUAAAGAAGGAGGCGAUGGAGAUAUCCGUGUCUGAAGCUCAGCUCCAGAGAAGUGUCUCAACAUCUGGUGGUUCGUCGAGAUCUUCCAUCAUGGUGGGGUUUGGUGAUGCAUCACGUGAAAUCAUGGAUAAGCUCACCAACGGAGUAGACGAUCGCCGGCUCCAAGUCAUCCCUAUUGUAGGCAUGGGAGGGAUUGGUAAGACCACUCUUGCUAAGCAUGUUUAUGCACAUCCUUAUAUUAAGGAGCACUUUGAUAUUUGUGCAUGGGUUACAAUUUCUCAAAAUUUUGACGCAAGAGAAAUUCUUUGUGAGCUGUUUUCUCAAGCAAACAAAAAAAGCAAGGAAGAAAUGAGUGAAAUGAGUGAAGAUGAAGUAGGAUUAGCACUCCACAAAUAUUUAUUCAAUAGAAGGUUUUUAAUUGUUAUUGAUGAUAUGUGGAGUGUCGAUGCAUGGGAUAAGAUGCAAAAUUUCUUUCCUGAUAAUUGGAAUGGUAGUCGCAUAGUGGUGACGACUAGGCAAUCACAGUUGAGUUCUCAAUUGAACAAAAAUUAUUGCCUUCGACUGAAGUUAUUAGAUGAGGUUAGUAGCUGGGAUCUAUUCUCCAACUCUGUGUUUGGGGAGGAAAGUUGUCCACUUGAAUUGAAGAAAAUUGGGAAGAAAAUUGUAGAGAAUUGUAGAGGACUUCCUUUAGCAAUUGUUGUGGUGGGAGGCCUUUUGAAAAAAAUGGAACACACUAAAGAAUGUUGGGAAUCGAUAAGAACAAACUCAAGUUCAGUAGUGAAUUCGGCUGAUGAAGAUUUUUGCUUGAAAAUUCUGAAAAUAAGUUACAAUCAUUUGCCAGUGUAUUUGAAGCCAUGUUUUCUAUACAUGGGAGUGUUUGAUGAAGACCGUGCAGUUCGUGUCUCAACACUCGUCCAGUUGUGGGUUUCGGAAGGGUUUCUAAGACCACAAAGUGGGAAAAGCUUGGAAACGAGCGCAAAAGAGUACUUAAAUGAGCUAGUUGAUAGAAAUCUCAUUCUAGUUCAUGAGUUAGGGUCUACUGGAAAUAUAAAGCGUUGCAAAGUUCAUGAUCUAUUGAGAGACCUUUGUUGCAGAGAAGCUGGGAAAGAGGGCUUUUAUUACGUGACAGGGCAACAUAAGUCUGAGGCCUUAAAUAGGCAACGUUGUGUUGUUAUUCCUGGAGGCACUUCAAAGGACGAGGUUCGUGAUGCCUUACAAUCCAUGCCGCUUGCUCGUACGCUUUUAUGUCAUUGUGAUGAAGUUGUUCUGAUGCCUGAGUCAAGACUGCUGAGGACAUUGAAAGCUUUUGAUACAGAUAGAUGUGGAAGCCACAAUUAUUGGUUUUAUGAUUUGUUCCAGUUUGUAAACUCACGGUAUCUUGCUGUUGGAGUUCAGAGGGCGUCUGAAAUCCCUUCUUCAAUCACUUUUCUCUGGAAUCUACAAACACUUAUUAUUUUUCAUUCUACAAGUGUUGAUGCAUCAUAUAUUUUGGGGAUGACUCAACUUAAGCAUAUUGAGUUCCACAAAGGAGAUAUGUUUAUGAACUAUACUCCUAAUUUUCCCCAGGUCGUCAUGAACAAUCUACAAACGCUCAAAGGAGUUGAUCUGAAAUUUCGUAUUAUUUCUAUCCCCAAUAUAAAGAAAUUGACAGCAUUUAAUAUUGAACUUGGAAAUCUUAGGCAUAUGGUUAAACUCGAGUCCUGUCGGUUUUAUGAACCUCGUUGGAGCUUGGAUACCUUUCCACACAGUCUUAAGAAGUUGAGCUUGGGAUCACACAUCUCCAGUUGGGAAUUGACUGGAAAGAAUCUUGAAAUGAUAGGUGCAUUACCUCUUCUUCAGAAGCUUAAAUUGGAACGAGCUGGUUUCCAAAAUGGCAUGUGGGAAACAAGUGAAGAACAGUUCCCAAGCCUCAAAUACUUGGAACUGAAAUGGUGUCAUUUGGUAUCCUGGAUAACAGAUAGCUCUCACAUUCCAUGCCUUGAGAAACUUCGUCUUUACGCAAUAAAAAAAUUGGAGAUCCCUAGUGAAAUUGGUGAAAUACCAACGAUGCAAUCAAUUCACUUGGAAUAUUGCAGCGAAUCAGUGGUGCAGUCUUCCAAGACAAUAGCAGAGGAGCAAGAUGAAAUACAAGUUCGAGCUGUGCUCUUCAACAACAGCAACAACCAAGCAUUAAGGUGGAGCCUCGCAGGCCCCAACUUUCAAGUUGAGAUAGACUAUUUUUAGUCUGAAACAUGGAGGUAAUGAGGCUGUUACAAUGCAUUUGAUGGUACAUUGGUUUCCUUUUCAGUUUCUAGGUAAACAUAUAUAAACGGAAAAUAUUGGGGUAAUGAGGCUCUGCAGAUGUAAUCUCUCUCUCUCUCUUUGUUCAUGGACUGAUGAGGCCGCUGGCCGCUUAUGUCGGAAGUAGUUCUUGGCCCAUAUUCCUAGACUGAUUUUCGUUGUGUUCUGUUUUGAAAUAUUUUCGUUGCGUUCUAUUUUGAGCGUGGUUUUUCUUUGCAAUUACUGUUUGAGCAUGUUUGCUAGUUCAAUUGGUUUUGUAACUCUUAUUUACCAUAGAGUCCAUUUUGUUGCUACCAGUUGGCUAGUUUAUUUGCUUAAAUUUGUUUCAAAUAAAAAAUUAUUGGUUUGUAUA